UAGCGGCUCCGCGAAAACUUCGGCGACGCGCGUGCACCGAAAUAUCGUAAAUUCGUAUCGAUAGAUCGCAAUCAAGCAACGAGGCAAUUGCUUGCUUGCGCGCGCGCGACACGAGCAUCAAAACGUGUAUCCUGCACUGUAUACGCUCCACGGUGCAGCUCGUCGAGCGAGCAUAUACAGUUCUCGUACACACUGAUCCGGAUAGUCCGCGGCUCCCGCCGCGCGUAUAGUGCAGUCCGUGGUGCGAGGCGAGAUCGUAAUUCGUGCGUGUGUGCUUGCCGCCACCGCCGCCGACGAGCCGCAGCCGCUCAUACACACACGUGUGCUUUCUCUCUCUUCGCUACGUCGCUCUCGCCUCGCUCUCGCCUCGCUACUAUAUAGUUUAUACUGCUCGUAUCGAGAGUCCGCCUUGCGCGACUUUUAUCCGUUUUUUUUGCUCUUCUGUUCGUCGUCUCCCGCGCAGUCCGCGAGCUCUCCGAUUAUUAGGAGCCUAGUACAGCGUGGCGAGGCAAGUUUUCGUCCAUCCAGCGCGCCGCCGGUUUUUAUCAGUCUCGCAGCCGAGGAAGCACGUGCAUUAGACUCGCUACGAGAAGACGCGAUGCUGCUACUGCUCCCGAAUCGACUACUACUCGGCGCGUUUGUGUGUGAACUGUGAGUGAGUGUGUGACUGGUGCCUGUCACAGUUGUGUCUUCGUGUCUCGUUCCUCGCUCUCGUUCUGCAGCUCUGCGAGCCAUCGUCUCCUGGAGCCGACGCGGCUGUUUCCUCGCACGAUUGUCAAACUUCGUGGGUGUGCUCGGCCUCGCCAGUCACGGAUCACGAGCGAGGCACCAUCCGGACCUGGUGCACAUGCUACAGCCUACACGGGCAUCCAAAAAUACAAGAAAAGGUAGGCUAAGAGCCUACAACUGAUCAAAAAGUUCAAAAAGCUGUCGCAAAGCUGGGCACUGUGGCUAGUUUGAAUAAACUUUCUAAAUCCAACAAAAUGCCUGCGGUUAGCGUCUGUGACCCAUUGACAAUGGCCAUUCGCCACAACAUAGACACUGCUGGUCAGUUGAAAUCUUCAGACGACCUAACUUUGAAUUUAGGCAGUGCUUCUCGCAUUCUCAACACAGAAAUAGAGUAUGUGGAAACUGAUAAUUGUAGAUCAUCAAUGCAAGAGCGCCUUAAAACUAAGUACAUGGUACUUAGUUUGCCAAAACCAGAAAAAGAAGCAGAGAGCGAGAAGGAAGGAUCUGGGUCCUCUAAAGCUAAUGACAAAAGUAAAGAGCCUAGAUUACCAGAGCCUGCAUAUACUUUAUAUCCAGUUGAAAAAGUGAAUCUUGGAUGGAAAGAAAAGUUUCCUCCAGGAGCUGGUAUGAUGAACGUUGGAAAUACCUGUUAUUUAAAUAGCACUUUGCAAGCACUUUUUCAUGUUCCCGCUUUAGUAAAUUGGCUGCUUUCUGAUUCCCAUCAUCAAUCGAAAUGCGACCAAAAUGUGAAACAUCGUUUCCAUUUAGAUGCAGGUGGUGAGUGCCUUACAUGUGCUGUUGCAAAAACUCUACAAGCCAGUCAUGAAAAGUCUGGCGAUUCAAUCAAGCCUGUUUGGGUUUACAGUAAACUAAAGCUUAUUUGCAGGACAAUGGUGCCAGGGCAGCAAGAAGAUGCCCAUGAAUUUUUACGUUAUCUUUUAGAAGGUAUGGAAAAAGCUUAUUUAGCUCGUCUCAAAGCUACAAAACUAGACAGUUACUCAAAAGAGACCACCCCUAUCAAUCAAAUUUUUGGGGGUUACCUCAGGACUGAAGUCAAGUGUCUUCAAUGUCGACAUGUUUCUACUACAUUUCAACAUUUUCAAGAUUUAUUAUUAGAUAUACGAAAAGCCAGUACACUAGAUGAAGCAUUGUCAAAUUACUUUUGUCAAGAGCAGCUAGAUAAUAAUGAUUAUAAAUGCGAAGCGUGUAAACGCCGAGUACCUGCUUGUAAACAAUUUAUACUAGAGAGACCGCCUAAGGUACUCUGUGUUCAGUUGAAGCGAUUCAGCGUUUUAGGUGGUAAGAUAUCAAGACACAUUGGCUUCAAACCAAGCAUUGACAUGGGUCCGUAUCUGAGACGCAAACCUGGUGAAGCUCCAAGAAAAAUUUUUUAUAAGCUUGCCUCAAUGGUUACGCAUAUGGGGCCAUCUGUUAAUUGUGGACAUUACACUGCCGUAGCAAAAGAUGCAACUGGACAAUUUUAUUCUUUUGACGAUUCUUACGUUCGUAGAAUCUCUGAUAAUAACGUUAUGUCAACGAAUGCCUAUAUCAUGAUUUUUGAGAUGGACCCUUCUUCAGUUUUGGUUAGCCAACAAACUAAGAGUGGCAGCAGCCAAGUUGCAGGAUCAAAGAGCGACGGAACAACAUCUCAACUUUCAUCUUCAGUCACCCACGUGAAUGGUUUGUCGAGUAGACUCUCUGAUAACAGUGGAGCAGGCACAAGUAGUAGUAGUAGUAGCAGUGCAGGUAGCAGUGCACCUUCGUCGAAUAGAUGCAGUAAUGGAAUCAAUGGUGAGUCAAAAAAUGCAGAGACUUCAAGUUCAUCCGGAAAGUCACCUCAACAGAACCAAGACAGGCGCAGCUUCAUUGGUCCUCAAUUACCACCUGGCAUGACGAAAGAAAGACUGGCAGUAAUGAGCAAUGGCGGUGGCAACGGAAAAUUGGUCGAUUACGAAGCAGAAUCGAGUGAAGAUGAAGAUUAUGACGGACCAGUCAAAAAGCCACUGUUUACAAAUGGAAAUUCUGAAACAAAUGGAAAAUCGAAUGUCACGAAUGGUCUGACGAACGGACACAAUCACUCAACCAACGGAGAUAGCAAUGGUGUUAAAACACCGCCUGCGCCACCACAAAUAAGUAGCAACGGUAACGCAUCAAAAAGUUCGACGGAACUCGAACUCACCAACGGUCAUGAGAGGUCCGAAAUGAUCAAAAGCCCAUCGAAAAGUGGUCCGUCGCAGGCGAACGGUCUGAGCAAUGGCAAAUUUGCUUACAAACAGCAUCAGCGAGGCGAAGCCAACGAGAAAGUAUUCGCCAAAGCCAGCCUCAACAAGGGAUGGGACGUUUCUCAGGAUACUCCUGCGCCGUCAUCAUUCGUCACCGCCAAUGGCUGGUCAGUCUCCGAUAUUUUUUCGGAUAGAAAUGAAUCUCAAAGCAACGGCCGAUCAUCACAUAAUCACUCUCCAAAUGCUGCUGACGUCAGGAAUUUCAAUGGAACAAAUCGUUCUGAUACUACUACUCAGUUAUUAAAAAGUUCUCUGUGGGGAUAUGGUAAUACAAAUGUGCAUAGUUGGAAUGGUGGUAAAGCGCGUUUAGAUCGUGAAGUGGAAACACAACGCCACAAAGAACGCAUCAAACGUCGGUACGACGACGAAGAUGAUGAAAUCGACAAAGGUCGAACAAAAAAAGUCAAAACGAACCAUUAUGAUAAUAACUAUAACAAUAAAUACCACAACAGUAACGGUCGCGAUUAUAAUCCUUUCCAAGAGCAUCAAAAUAACAAGUGGCGAAACAAUCAGAUGAACAAUGGACACGGCAAUUAUAAUCGAAAUAGUUAUGGUAAUUAUAACCAUCGAUCUUGGCACAACGGAGGCAAUCGACAACAUUAUCGUAAUCAUAAUCACAACAAACGCAAUCAAAGGCGUAGAUAGGACUGAUUAAUUCGUAAUAGUAGUACUGCUGGUAAUAACGUUGUCCUCUUCUAUUCAAUGCUAAUUUUAUAAGAAAGGAUCGGGAUCGAUUUCGCUCUAACAACAAUAAUUUAGGCUAUUUGCGCCUAUGAAGUAGAAAAAUAUAUUGCCCACGAGUCUUCAAAUGACACGUAAUAAUGAAAGCGAUAUUUGGACAUCAGACGAAGGCACGAAUUAUACGUUUUUACGUAAACAUUAUUCCUCCUAAUCUCUACCACGAACGUUUUGCUUAUGCACUUUGGUUCAUUUUUUGUUUAUUUCCAAAUGUCAUUUGUUGUUGUUUUAUUCCAUUUUAAGAAAUAAUUAAAAUAACCAUUAAUAAUUUUAUAGUUACUAUUGCAUAGACUAUAGGACAACAAUAUCAGCAGAUUUUUUGCAAUAAAAGUGUCAAGAUUGACAUACUUGUGCAUUUGAAAGUAAAAUUUACUGCGGUUAGUGAAUAUCGCAUAAAAACAAACAUGUAUGGGUGAGAGAUGAAUAAUAUACGACCGUUCGAUUCUUUUACAAUCUAGCAUUUAGGCUAUGAUCGAAUUGUAAUGAUUAGUAGUGAGAUGUAUUAAUUAUUUCUAGCUGUAAGACUAAUUAUAAAAUUGUAACAUAUAAUGUUAAGGUCAAAUGUUAUGGAACAUUUUAGUUUAUUAAAAUGAAUUCAUAUUCACAUCUCUGAAAUUAUCCUUAAAAUAAUUUAUAUAAAUUAAAUAUUAUUUUUUUUUUUUAUUAUCCAUAAAUUGUGUCUUUAAGGUAGAGCUAAUACCAAUUAUAAAUACGUAUUUUUCAAAAAUUUAAACAUAAAGUCGUAUGUAACUAUCGUUCAAAAAUGUAGAAUUUUUAUGUGGUUCAACGAUAAAUUUUAUUUGACAUGAUAAUUUACUUCAUGCUCGUGUAAUUUUCAUUGCAUUUAAUUAUUGCAAUAAUUAUAUAUAAUACUUGAAUCACGCAUGUUUUUGAAAGAAAAUCCUAAAUCGAGAAAAUGUACCAUUACGAAUAUGAUGGCUCUUAUAAAUUUUUGAAUAUAAAAAAUAGAAAAUGCGAGGCAUUGUAAACGAGUAAUGAAGCUAUUAUAAUGUUAUAACUUUUUAUUUGCUAAUGUUUCGCUCGAAAUUUAUCAUAGAUGUGUUUGUCAUGUUAAAUCGAUGAAUAUUUGAUUUGUACGGUUUGAAUGAGUUUGAUAACGAAAAUUGAGAAUGAAAAUUGUUUAACAAAUUAUAACACGAAUUUUAUCAAUCAUUAGCAUGCAAGUCACAAACAAUUAGAUGUAAAAUCAUGUGUAAAAAAAAAUACCAUCUUGAUAGGAUAAAUACAUUUUUGAAUUCUAAAACUCA